GCAACGACAAUACCCAGCUAUGGAGUAAUGUUUAGAUUAGGGAAAAUGGUGAUAGUGCACUCCCUCCCUCAUCUAAAAGCCAAGGCGUCCGAUACAUUUACAUUUCUAUAUACAACUACGUCGUGUUUUCCAUAAGGAUAUGCAGAAUGGCAUGAAAGUAAAGCCUAUUCCCACGGGCUCUUCUAUCACACAGGACCUCUGCUAAUAGCAGAGUCCUUCCUAGCUGCUUGAGUGAAGAUGGCGCAGGCACUGUCAGAGGAGGAGUUCCAUCGGAUGCAGGCUCAGCUUUUAGAGCUGAGGACACAGAACUACCAACUUUCUGAUGACCUGCGGAAGAACACAACUGAGCUGAAUUCUGUUCAUCUGAAGACUGUGACCUUGGAGAAGGAUUACAUCAAAGCACAGAAGGCUCUGAAUAAAAGCAAGAAAGCUCAGGAGGUGGAUGCCUUACUCAGCGAGAACGAGAUGCUGCAAGGCAAGCUGCACAGCCAAGAGGACGACUUCAGACUGCAAAACAGCACCCUGAUGCAGGAGCUGUCCAAGUUAUGUACUCAGAUAGAGGAGCUACAACAUGAAAUCAAAGAGCUAAAGGAUUGCAAGGGGCUGCAGGCUGAAUCCUCCGGUCCCAUCUCUAUCUCUGUGGAUGGAGAGUUACUGCGCCUCCAGGCAGAGAAUGCUGCCCUUCAGAAAAAGAUGACGGCCCUUCAGGAGCGCCAUGAGAGUGAGAUAAAGAGCCCGAGGGGAGCGGAGGUCAGUGAAACCAAAACCUCAGCGACAGACGGCCCGGCUGACACCAACGGUGUCCGGUUGCACUCUGACGUCAGUGAGAGCAGGGAGGACUCUGCAGCCAGAACCAAUGACAGACUGGAACAGGCGGAGGCAAAGUGUGCCAAACUGGAACAGCGAGUGACUGAGCUAAGCGGACCUGCACUGAGGACCCCCGGGCUAGUUAUGAAACAGGAUGCUCUUAGGUGGUCAGCACUGUGUCCAAAUCCAAUAACGCAAUGCUUUGGGCCAGAGGUGGAGCUGCAGCUGCACACUGAGGUGGAGGAGAAGCGCCUACUGAAGGAGCAGCUCCAUGCACUAGAGUCAUCCAAACAGGCAGACAUCACUCAACUUCAAGAAGAAAUAGCAAAGCUCUCUGAUAAAUUAAAGAAAAAACAAGACAGCUUUCUGCGUUCGCAAGCUGAAAAAGAAGUCCUUUAUAAUGACAGCAGGACCAAAAUCGAUGAGAUUCAACAGAGGAAGGAGGAGGAGCUGAAGUCAUUGAAAAUCCGCAUCCAGAAGUUACAGGGAGAUCUGCUGUCAGCCAACCAGAGUGUUGGAGAGAUGAAGGAGCAGCUACAGAGCCGGCAGAAGGAGCAUGACUUAGUUCUACACACACUCAGAGAUCAGAUUCAGACAGUGAAGACUCAGGAGAUGAACCUUUUGCGUGACCAAAACAUGGCUCUGAACGUUGAGCUGCAGCAGAGACGGACAGAGCAGGAGAGCUUCCUGGCACAGAGAGAUGACCUUAACUCUCAGCUACAGGAGGUGAACCGUGCCAACAGCAGACUGUUGGAACAGCUGACUGAAUUGGACCAAUGGAAAGACCGAUUACAGCAAGAGCUGGAGGAGGCUAAAAAGACAGCUGACAAGCGGAAGGCCAUGCUGGAUGAACUGGCCAUGGAGAUAAUCACAGAGAAGUCCCGGCACAAGGAGGAGCUGAGCGACGUGCGUCUGCAGCAUGAGAAGGAGGUGCUGGGGGUGCGGGCGCGCUACGAGAAGGAGCUGAGGGGUCUCCACGAGGACAAGAACCGCACAGAGGAGGGGAUCCGCUCACAGCUCCGAGACGAGAAGGCUCGCAAUAAGGAGCUGGAGGGUCUGCAGCAGUGUGUGGAGGAGCUACAAGCCCAGGUCCAGUCCAUGGAGGACACUAAGGGCUGGUUCGAACGCAGACUCAAAGAUGCUGAGGAGAGCAUGGAGAAGAGCUGUCUGGAGCACCAGGAGAGCACGGAGAAGCUGCAGGAAGAACACUCUCUCCAACUGAAGGGAAAGGCAUCUGAUAUAGAUGGUGUGAACCUGCAGUUGACAGAAGUAGAGAAGGAAAGGGAUGUGCACAUUGAAACCAUUGGAAAACUGAAACAGGAGAUUAAAGACACGGUAGAUGGCCAGCGGAUCCUGGAGAAGAAAGGUAGUUCAGCACUGAAAGACUUGAAGAGGCAGCUACAGCUGGAGAGGAAGAGAGCUGAUAAACUCCAGGAGCGGCUACAGGAGAUCCUCACCAACACUAAGACCAGGACAGGCCUGGAGGAGCUGGUGUUGUCAGAGAUCAGCUCUCCUAGUCCUAAGCAGCAGAGGGGAGAUAGCAGCAGUGUCUCGUCCUUCAGCUACGGGGAGAUCAUGAAGGAGGGAGCCACAUCACAGAGCAUCAACAAGUCCGCCAGCGGCAGCCCCCAGUCCCAGCGGCCUGCUGACCUGUCUGAUGAUGAGGUUGGGGAGCUGUUCCAGAGGCUGGCUGGGGUGCAGCAGGAGAAGUGGAUGUUGGAGGAGAAGGUGAAACACCUAGAGGUCAGCUGCUCCUCCAUGGCUGAUGACAUCUGUAAGAAAAGUGCUAUCAUCGAGACCUAUGUCAUGGACAGCAGGAUAGCACAUGGUGCACAUGGUGCAACGGCGGUUGCCCAUCACGUGGGCCAGGUGGGGGGACAUGGUCAUGGCUUGGGCUCUGUGCUCAGGGACCUGGUGAAGCCUGGGGACGAGAACCUGCGGGAAAUGAACAAGAAGCUGCAGAACAUGCUGGAGGAACAGCUGACCAAGAACAUGCAUCUACAGAAGGACCUUGAAGUUCUGUCUCAGGAGAUUGUCCAUUUAAGUAAAGACUCAAGUCCUGGAGCUGGCUCAGCUACGGGCUAAAAGACUGGAACAAUUCCCUCCUCUCUGCACUCUCUCAUCACCUGUUUCUGUGGCCAACAAGAGGACAUUACCUAAUUGACUGACUGAACCUCUGGCUGGGAACACAGAUGAAAGGAGAGGGAUAGAGGGGGGUAGGAAGGGGUUAGUGCUCUUGAAACUGCUUUACUACUGAAUAUACUUACUGUAACAUGUCUUGGUUCUUUCUGUGGUAUUGUGACCUGACUUCUGUCUGUCUGCACUCUCUGCCUCCCCACUCUGGUGUGAUCUGAAGAAUGGCAGAAGGCAACAAUAUCUGGAUGCCAGGACACAGUGCUUUACUGGUUCACGACUACAAGAGAUUGUUUAAUGUUGCGAAUAACAAGACACAUUCUGCUUACUCAUACAGAAGCUUAAGCUUUUGUUUUGCCUGUACUCGUAUUCAUUUCUUUAUACUUUCAACUCAACAACUCUUGUUUUUGUUUGUAUAAAUCCUGUAUAUAUGAAAAAUCAACUGUAGUAAUUUAACUGUACUCAGAGUAAUAAGUAUUGUAUAGGAGCCAAAAUUAUUGUAAAAGAUUUACGUCCGUCAUACAUUCCAGAUGCUGAAAUGUCCAGUUUGAGUUUGUCUGGGGAAAGUGUGAGUAUCUUAAAGCCAGUAGUAAAAAAAACAAUUAAAUCAAUAACAUGCAUAGUGUUGAGGACUGGACCAAACCACCACUGUUUCUUGGGGAAUGGACAAAACCACCCUGUGUCCACUCACUGAGUUAGAGCUCUAUGCUCGUUUCCUUUUAUUCUGCACCAGGCACAAGUCCCGUGACUGCAGCAGAAGCACGGAGGAGGCCUUGGCAGCUCAGCAUCUGGUGUCAACAUGAACAUGAUGUCCAACUCCACAGAGACUGGCUAGAUGCCUGCUUUGUGGCAUGCUUUCAAAAUGUCACUUUGGCUGCUUUCUCUAUCCCCAAUUAAGACUCCAGGUGUGGUUAGAUUUGCAGAUUAAAUUCCGGCUUAACUCCACUUUGAUAUUUUCUGAAAAUAUUAGAUUCCAAAUAAAUGAGGAAGCAGAGGAUUCUCUGUGAUGAGCAGAUACAUUUGUUUGAUAACUCAUCUCCCCCUGGCUGAGGUCUAACAACAGUGUCAGUUGUUCAACUCUUCCUUCACUCUGACAAAGCUCAUCAGUGUGCUCACUGAGUUCAACAUGGACAGGAAACUCAUCACCAAUAUUUAUUAUCUGGCAUCAAUACCUGGCCAUUACUGUGUGUCAGAAGAACUGGCCCCAUGCUCUGUAGGGAUGGCCAGGAUGAGGGAAACAUGGAUCAUGUGAAGCUGUGCCUUCUAUUUCACCUGUCUUUGACUCACUUAGCAAAUGUCUUAUUUUAAAUGACUUCUCAACAUGACUGAACAGCAGUAGCUGGGCAGAUCAGAUGGUAUAACACAGUGUGGUCUAACACAGCGUGCAUACCUACCUGUGUUAGCCUUUUAUACUUUGAGACAUGUUUCCCUUAUCUGAGAAUGUAUGCACUCCGUGAACACUUGUUUUAGAACGAAACAGAUUGGUCAUUGGAAGCCCCCCCAAGAAUGUCUUCUCUUAUGUACAAGUAAGACUGGGUGAUAUAUCAAAUGAAUGAUAUAUUCAAAUAUAUUUUUUGCCGCGAUGUUUCAAAUGCCCGUAUCACAAGAAUCUAGGUUUUUAUUUAAUGUUCAUUUUUAUGAGCGUUUUAUGUAUUUUUGGUCUCUUCUCACUCCACAGACACCAAUCCCCUCCCCCUCCACUCACAACAAAGACGAAAGAUAACUUCUUCAUCUCACACCAUUUACAGACAGACUUUACGGUAUGUUGCUUGUUUAAAAAAAAAAUAAUCAGGUAAUGUUUUUUAGAGCCCAAUUCGUACAGUCCAAUUUUUUGCCACGUUCUUGCCGGGAUAAGCCUUUUAUACCUCCCGUGCACAUGCCGGCAAGAUUAGGAGUGGGAGUAGUAUUUUAAUAAAUUAAUUGAAUGUACACCAUCACAAAUACGUUUUUGGCAGGUCCUAAGAAACAUAAGACUAAUAAAAUAUGUUUUCAAAAGAAUAGAAU